AUGUCAUCCAAAACAACUCUCCCUGGAGUGCGUGAAACCAUACCCAAUCCUUACGCAACAAGCAGCUUUACAGCUCCUGGGUAUCAACAACCUCUGGGUUUCAUAAACCUAAGAAACCAAGCUCAGGGUAGUCAGCCUACAUUCAUCACAUCUCCAGGAAUCUUUGCUAGCAAUCAGCUGGGCCCAGGAAAUACACAAAUGGUAAAUCCAGCUACAGGAAUAGCAGCAACAAACUUUAAAGAAGAUGCAAAGGCACUAGGGGGGAUCCAGAUUGUGAUUGGAUCAAUGCACAUUGGUUUCGGAAUUAUUUUGGGUUUAAUGAGCUACUCUGCUGAUCAAAAUUUGGGUUUUGCCUCCAUUUCUUUUAUUGGUGGAUACCCAUUCUGGGGUGGUCUACAGUUCAUUAUUUCUGGCUCUCUGUCUAUAUCAGCAUCCAGCAAGUUUUCCCCUUGUCUGAUAAAAAGCAGCCUAGGAAUGAAUAUUGUUAGUUCUAUCUUUGCCCUUGUUGGAGUGAUUCUGUUACUGGUGGAUAUGAUCAUCAAUGACGUAGAUAAUCAAGCCUAUUGUACAGAGCUGCCUGGGAAAGGAAUUUCGGCCAUGCUGAUGAUCUUCUCCCUCUUAGAGUUCUGCGUAACUUGUGCCACAGCCCAUUUUGCCAACCAAACAAUUGCCAACACCAACAGGUCUGUCCUGGUUAUUCCAACUGUGUAUUCAGCCAACCCUUUGACAACAGAAACUUCCUCAACUCCUCCCAGAAAUGACAACGACCCAGCUUAUGACCCUAG